GCGUCAUAUCCUGGAAAUGAUACAAAGUUCAAAAGUGUGUAUUUCAGAGAAAAGUUCUGAUAAAUACAUUGGAAUGAAUAAACAAUGACGAACAAGAUCAGUGUGUCGUCCUCUCAGCUCGUCUGGAGAGUUUGUAAUUUAUUUAUGUCACUGUUUUUCGCGUUGGCAACUUACGUGCAGAUAAAUGAUCCAGAUGCCGGUUUGUGGAUGGUUGGCUAUGCUAUUCCAGCUGGAUUAUGUUUUUCGAUUUGCUGUCAUCAACAAAUAACAGAGUCAUUAUUGUGGAGGAGAAUCGCUGAUCUGCACGUGCUCAUAUCCUCUACGUUUGGAGCCAUUCUGGGCUGGAAACUUCGUAAGGAGGGAAUUACAGACAUUUUCCAGCAAGAAGAAGGAAGGGAAUGUGGUGGACUCCUGCUGGUGGUUUUCUGGCUUCUGCUGUGCAGACAUUCAGGAAGGAGUGCGGUCGGUUCGGUGAGGAUCUGCACCGCUGUGGGAAUCACUGUGUUUCCCUUCAUCACAUGGAUCUAUUACUACAUGAACACCGAGCUGAGGAAACACUGGCCUGAACACUGUAACACUGCUCUCUGAUCAGCCACAACAAACCUGUCCAGA